GUUUCACCCCAGCGAAUCAGUAAAGGCAGUUCUCAAUACACCUCUCUGCAAAUCACUCAAUUCCCUGAAAAUGUCGCUAAUUCCUCGCCGAUCCAAUGUUUUUGAUCCAUUCUCUCUGGACGUAUGGGAUCCAUUUGAGGGUUGGCCAUUCAACAGCAACUUCCGCUCUCUCUCUGAUCAGAUCCGCUCCGGUUUCCCCGCUGAAACGUCGUCCUUUGUCCAGGCCAGGGUCGACUGGAAGGAAACCCCAAAUUCUCACGUCUUCAAGGCUGAUGUGCCUGGGCUGAAGAAGGAGGAGCUGAAGGUGGAGGUUGAAGACGGGCGGGUUCUUCAGAUCAGCGGACAGAGAAACCGCGAGCUGGAGGAGAAGACAGACACUUGGCACCGUGUGGAGCGUAGCAGCGGCAGCUUCUUGAGGAGGUUCCGGCUGCCGGAGGACGCCAAGGUGGAUCAGAUGAAGGCGGCCAUGGAGGAUGGUGUGUUGACUGUGACUGUGCCAAAGGAGGCGGCCAAGAAGCCCGAUGUGAAGUCCAUUCAAAUCUCUGGCUGAGUCCCUGAGGUUAGCCGUGUUGCUGUACGUCGUUUCUGUGAGUAGUUUGAUGGGUCAUCAUGUGGUACCGCGAGUGGGUCUUUUGCAUGCAUUUUUCUCUGUUUCUUUGGUUCUUAGUGGGUCCUUAAUGAACAUUGUGAAUAUGCGUGUCCUCUGUUCUGGAAAUAUCAAUGAAGUGACCUCUACCUUGUCUGCGUAAAU